AUGUUAGGAAACAGCAGUCGUAGAAGCCCCAAUUAUACAAACUGCAGCCCAGAUUUUGCUGGAGAGGUCAGCAAGCUGGUCCUCAUGGUUGCCUUGGCUAUGGCCAUCACUCUUGGAAACCUCUUGAGCCUCUUGGUUUUUCUUCAUGUCAAGCAAUUCAGAACUUCACAAGGCUAUUGGAAGAUCUCUUUGGCUCUAUCUGACCUGGUGGUGGGGCUCAUAAUUGUGCCUUACUCAGUUUACAGAGAGGUGAACUGGUUGUCCUCUGGGAUGGAACAAAAGGAAAAUCAAUCUGACCAGCUGGCCUGUAUCAUCAUUGGCUCCAGCUUUACAGGAUGCUCUUUUGUCUCCAAUAUCACUAUCUUUUUGCUUUCAGUGGAGAGAAGUAUAGCAGUACUGAAGCCCCUGCAGAAGAAAACAAUGAUCACCAGGCACAGGACUGUUUGGCUUAUUGCUGCCUCUUGGACCUCAAGUUUCUGUUUGGCUGUGAUACCUCUUGUUACCACUCCCGAUAUCACCUACCAGUACAAUUUCUGUAGCAAGAUGUGCAACUAUUUCUUUCCUCCUGACAAGGUACCCAAACCUCAUUGGAAUGUCAGGUUGCUGGACCCAGUCUUUGACUUCUUCCUUUUGACUGCCACCCUUGCUAUCAAUGCAGUCACCUUUGUGGCCCUCCAUCGAUACUGCAAGAUGCGGAAGCAACUAUGUGAAGAGCCGCAGAGAGGCAACCACCUCUCCUUCUCAGACAUCACAGCUGCCAAGACCAUCGGCCUCCUGAUCUUGGUCUACUAUAUUUCCUUCUUGCCUGUUGCUGUAUUUGUGGUGGGGUCUGUGGUGGGCUAUCCGUGGUGUCAUUUUUCUUUUUAUGCUUUUUGGAUCCUAACUUCCAAUAGCUGUUGGAAUGUGGUCAUCUAUUGUGUUUGGGACCCUAAGUUCCGGCAUGGGGUUCGAGAGCUAUUCAGCAGCCAUGCCUGCUUAUUAAAAUAG